CAAUUGGGCACAAAAUGAGAAGGAACAGCGUUGAUGAAUCUACUGCGUGGACGUCCCGUAUGCGUAAAUGCCGCGCAACGUUGAGGCUAUAUCCGCGGUGACGUAGGGGCCCCCUGGCGCACCUCGUAACUAGACCUAGCUUAGCUUAGCUAGCGAGUACACUUACACACUCUUUUGACUUGAAUUCGAGGGAUUUAAACGGAUCUCAGUUACCUGCUCAUAUCUACCGGCAAAGACUCAACAGUUCGCGGAUGUUCUUGUUUAUUCUUGUGUAUUGUAACGUUAUUAAUUUAGCUAGCGCUGGCUGGCUGCAGCUCUCGGUUAGCUUGUCUCCCGCCGACGCUGUCCUCGCAUCGCGAGCUGGUCGCCCGUGACUAUGUGGUGGUAACGGGGGUUACUCGUGCGUUUGAACGCUGUGAGCGUUAGCGCGUCCUGCUGCGGUAUCAUGCAGCACUGACCCAGCUCGCCGGGGGUCCUGCAACACUGACCCAGCUCGCCGGGGGUCCUGCAGCACUGACCCAGCUCGCCGGGGGUCCUGCAGUCAUCUCUCCGGUCAGUCCGCCACUCCGCUGUCUCGGGCGGCUUUCAGGUCCUGCGCUUCUUACGAUACUUCUGGAGCUUUGCGGACGCAUGUGCAUGGAUGUACGAUGUCGAGGGUUUUCCUAGUCAUAAUAAUGCUAGGUUGCAACGUCGCCGUUCAGGGUGUUCAAGGUUUUGAUGAAGUGCACGUGAGGCUGGGGAACGCGGAGGGCGCUCGGUGCUGGGGGCGCGUGGAAGUAUAUCAGAGGCUUCAGUGGGGGACCGUGUGCUCGCGUGACUGGGACCUGCGCGACGCGGCGGUCGUGUGCCGCGAGCUCGACUGCGGUUUUGCCUUCGCGACUCGCAGCGGGGCGCAGCUUGGUCGCUUCAGCGGCGAGGUGUGGUGGAGGAACGUGAAGUGUUCCGGUGAUGAAUUCACCCUGGACCUGUGUGAACGCUCGCCCAAUGAUGGAGUGUGUUCACACAACGAGGAUGCGGGGGUUGAGUGCACGGGUAAGCUCCCUGUGCCAACGUUGUCCAUGCAGACCACGUUCUCCUCCUACUCGGCUGGAGAAGCUGUUCUCUUCACCUGCGCUGCCCCCUACUGGCGACAUCCCAUUGACUUCCACUUGUACAAGAGCGGCGUGGACACACCCCUGGUGACCCAGAGGGCGGAGCCUCGGCAGACCCGGGUGGAGCUGACCCUCUCUGAGCUGGACACUUCGCAUCAGGGCAGCUACAGCUGCCUGUACCGGGUCCAGAGUAACCCGGGCAACUCGCCGUCCAGCAACACCAUCAACAUUACCGUCUUGGAGAUCCACACGCCACAGAUCUGGUACAACGCGUCCCCUGUAGUGCAGCCCGGUUGGGUGAGCCUUGGUCAGAGCUUUAACGUCACCUGCUUCACGCAGCCGCACUACCCCGGCGGCACCUUCCAGCUGCGCCUCAUCCGGCCCAGCGGCACCGUGCGCCACUCCUUGCCUGCCCACGGCGCCCUGGGCACCUUCUCCUUCGCCAGCGCCCAGGCCUCCAGCGAGGGCUACUACUGCUGCCUCUACAGGGUGCAGUUCGGCGGGCGCACCUUCGUCUCCCGCGAGAGCCAGCCUCUCGCCAUCUCUGUUCGAGGGGCGGAGCCACUGCUGAGCCCCGUGGUCAUCAGUCUGCUGGUGUCUGGACUCACUUUCGUCAUCGCCACCUGCGGCAUCCUGCUUGUAGCCAGAGCGUACUGCAGGAGGGCGAAGAAACCCCGUGAGCUGGAGCGCGAGACUCGCACCUGUGUGGACAACACUUACAUUGCCUUGACAACAAAGUAAUGGAUGAGAAACACAUGGUAAGGAAAGGCAUGUUUGAGACUACUGGGGUUUACUGGUUAUUUGUAGCUGACUUUAAUUCAGCCAUUGUUGCAGCGUAGAGCAGAGAGAUUCUUCCGAAUGCAGCUGGGUUUCCUUGUUGCCGUGUUAUUACAGCGUUCACCCGGAAGCUCUGGACAGUGAUUGUCUCGUUUGUCUUCUCGCUCGACCAGUGAGAGAUGUACCAAAGUCUGCUUCACCUGCUCUCUCACCACCAAACAACCUGUAACAGACCCCUUAAUGGCAUUCUACAACACUAACACAACAGGACCUCUUUGCACCAGGGACUUUUAUUUUGUAAGUUACAUUGGUGUGCAUGUUUUGGGACCCCCCCCCCCCCCAUUGCAUUGGUAUCCUUGCACUUUGAUCAGGACUAAUUACACUGUAAACCGAGAUGUAUGCUAGCAGGACAUAAAGGGCUUUUUGAAUAUUUUGUUUGUUUUUCUGGUGUCCACAUGAGUGGGCCUGACACGUUCUUCCAGGACUAUUCUACAGGUACUUUUACUAAACUGUAAACUGUGAAGUAAGCGUGUGUGUGUGUAUAUGUAUUUUUUUUUUGGGGGGGGGGGGGUGUACGCUGUGUAACGUAUUUAUUUUUUUCUACUUCCGUUCUUUUUUGAUGUGCCAGUCAUGGAAGGCCAAAUAAGCAAAGUAAAAGCCCCCUGGCCUGUGGGUACACUCCUUAUAACUACAUGAAAUGCACUGCUAGCACUGGAGGCCAGUAUGAUUUAUUCCUCUAACCACCAAAAUAUCAAGCAAAAAAAAAAAGAAUGAAGAAGAGUGUUUGUUUUUUUUGUUUUUUUAUUUGAGGGGUGAGGAUUUCUCCUCAGUUAGGGCUAUUCUGCAUCUUUGCCACGUACAUACUCUGAGUGACAAACAGAACAGAUGAGGUACUAAGUGUGCAGUAAUGCUUGCUCUGAACUCUGACCUCAGCUUGCGACACAUCCUUGUCAAGACUCAUGUAACAUGUUCUACUGAACACUGUAUGUUAUCUUAACAUUACUAAGCAUCCUACCUGUUGUUUCCUCCAGUUCAGUAAAGGCUCCUAAUAGUGAAGAGAAAAUGAAAUGAUCAAAUCUAUAGAGAGGAAGAAAUAAGAUGACCUUAUCAAAGAUAGCAGAUCUACAAAUAAUGCCUGUGUAGACAAUAAGCUAAUGUAACCUGUCAUAUGCUGUCUGUUCUGUAUAUUAUCAAAAAAUAUGUGAUCUGUAUAAGGUGUAUAUACACACACAGUGUGAGUGGUACUGGCUUUCAGCCUUGGAGACCCUGCACACAGCCACACGCGUAUCUCUUUAGCUCCACGCUGACGCUAGCUCAGCUCUCAGGGUAACUACCUGCAAUGGGUACCAAGCCCUUUCUGAGCCAGUGUUGGUGGUGAAUGAAUGGGGUCUUCAGAGCUGGCAGAGUCACUGCAAUAAGAAACACUAAAAAGCAAAAUAAGUCACUAUCCACUUGUCAUACUAGAGGUCAUCCAGCUUUGUUGCAGAUGCCAGUUGAUUACAAUUCUUGCAGGGCAGUGAUGUGAAGGUGGGCUGACUUUUGUUUGUUUUGAUUUGAUUUUUCCUUUUUUUUUUUACAUUAAAAGUCGCAAUAUUGGUAAA